UGGUAGGUUGCUCAGGUUGGACGCAUUUGAAAGAGUGCUGCAUUGAAGCAGCUGCUUACCGUUCCUCAACACAUUCCGGUUGUGGCAGACAGUGAGCGCGUAACCAGUGAACGAGCGUGUGCGCGCCCAGCGACUGACAAGCACGGAGUCAUAGAACCGGGAACGAGUGCCGCUUGUCUCCUAACCAACGUCCGUUCAACUCACUUCGUGCACCGGCUGCUGUCCAGCAGGACCUGCUGAAAAUGAUUCGGACCUUCGUCUGUUUCCUCGGAUUGCUCGUCGGUGGCAGUCAAGGUGUCCUCCAGGUGUCAAUCUCGCUAAAAAAGGUGGAGCUCAGCGUUGGAGAGUCCAAGUUCUUCACAUGCACAGUGAUCGGAGAGCCUGUGAGUUUGGACUGGUAUAACCCGCAAGGGGAGCGGAUGGUCCCAUCACCGCGGGUGGCCCUGCACAAUGAAGGUGUUCGUUCCAGACUCACGCUUUAUAAUGCCAAAAUAGAAGAUGCUGGCAUCUACCGUUGCCAGGCCAGCGAUGCCCGAGGGGAAGUGCAAGAGGCCACAGUGGUGCUAGAGAUCUACCAGAAGCUGACAUUCAGGGACGUGAAGUCCCCUCAAGAGUUUCGACAGGGUGAUGUGGCUGAAGUGGUCUGCGAUGUCACCAGCUCCCCCGUGCCUGUGGUCUCCUGGUUUUAUAACAACAUUGAGAUCAUGGAAGAUAGUGAGAAGUUUCAGCUCCUGCCGAACAACAAUCUGCAAGUCCAGAGAGUGACUAAAGCAGAUGAAGGACUAUAUCGAUGUGAAGCCAGAGUCGAAGCCAGAGGAGAGAUUGACUUCCGGGACAUCAUCCUGGUUGUUAAUGUUCCACCAGUUGUCACUGUACCACAGCAGUCCUUCAAUGCCACUGCAGACUAUGGAGAAUCCGUCACCUUUACCUGCCGGGCGUAUGGCUCACCUGAACCUGAUGUCACCUGGCACAGGAAGGGAGUGGAGCUGGAGGAAUCGGAGCGGUACGUAAUGAGAGCUCGGGGUACGACGCUUACCGUUCGAAACAUUCAGCAGGACGACGGGGGCUCCUACACCUGCAAAGCCUCUAAUAAGGCAGGAGAAGUUGAGCACGAACUGUUCCUCAAAGUUUUUGUCCAGCCCCACAUUACUAAGCUAAGGAACGUGACGGCUGUGGAGGGCAGCGCCGCUAUGAUCUCCUGCAAGGCUGAAGGUGAACCUUUGCCUGAAAUCUCCUGGAGGAGAGCGAGUGACGGGCACAGUUUUUCAGAUCGAGAUAAGAGUCCAGACGGCCGUGUGGAGGUACGUGGGCGUUAUGGUGAAUCCAUGCUGACUAUUGUGGGGGUCAGACUGUCCGACUGGGGACGUUUUGACUGUGAGGCUCUCAGCAGGAUCGGUGGGCAUCAGAAGAGCAUGUUCCUGGAUAUUGAGUAUGCACCAAAGUUCCAGACCAACCACACUAUAUUUUUCUCAUGGGAGGGAAACCCGGUCAACAUAAGCUGUGAUGUAAUGUCCAACCCUCCGGCCACGAUGCUGUGGAGACGGGACAAGCUGACCAUACCCAGUGAGGGCGCAGGAAACAUGCGCGUACACAGCGCCCCCGGCAGGUCACUUCUCGAGGUUACUCCCAUGUCGGAUAGAGAUUUUGGCCGUUACAACUGCACAGCCAGAAACAACAUUGGCAUGCGCUUUCAAGAGUUUAUCUUGGCACAGGCAGAUGUUCCCUCGAACCCUUAUUCUGUGCGCCUAAAUUCUGUGGCCCAGCGCGUGGCCACGGUUACCUUCAUAAAACCAGAUUCCCAUGGCGGUGUACCCAUCAGUCACUACCUCGUGAAGUAUAAAGACAUGGGUUCGCAUGACUGGAAGGAUGUGAAAUCGCAGGGGACACAGACAAUAGUUUUGCUCACAAACCUUGAGCCCAACACGACAUAUGAGUUGCGAGUAGCCGCGGUGAAUGGAAAAGGUCAAGGGGAGUUCAGCCGCACAGAAAGCUUUCAGACCCUGCCCAUCCGAGAGCCCAGUCCUCCAUCGGUUCAGGGUCAGAGAGGGGUGGGGAAAGCGUACAGGCUUGGUCUGGUGAAGCAGGAUGAUGGAGGAAUGCCCAUCUUGGAGUACAUUGUGAAAUACAAAACAGAUAAGGAAGAGCAGUGGAUGACAAAACUUGUUCCAGGUGCGAAUGAUUUUGUCCUGCUGCAGCCACUUCAGUGGAACACGCAAUAUGAAGUUGAAAUCACCGCUCGCAACGUCAAGGGCUUGUCUGAACCCACCUUUGUGAAGUUCUCCAUGCCUCAGAAGCCUGAUAUUACAGCAGAUUCGCUGUUCAGCGGCCUGGGUCUGGGUGCAGUGGUUGGGCUCGGAUUAGCUGGCCUGCUGCUGCUGCUUGUGUUGGUGGAUGUCAGCUGCUUCUUUCUGCGUCAGUGCGGUCUGCUCAUGUGCAUCACCCGCAAGCUCUGCAGCAAAAAGACCGCCACGAGUGGCAAAAGCAAAGAGCUGGAAGAAGGCAAGGCUGCAUACCUGAAAUUGCCCCUUAAAGAGGAAAACGGCAAGGAAACGCUGAAGCCGGACACGAUCGAGAUCAAGAUUCACGGUGACAACAGCCUUCACAUGACACAGGAGGACAGUAAAGCAUAACGGGGCCGUGCCGUACACUUAAAGAACAUGCAAAACGUGCCGCCCUGAGACCACAGCAAGCAAACUAACGAGAAUACAAGCAAGAACACGCCAACCAAUUGUAAGAUCCUUUGUUAGAGACUCUUUGUCGGGGUAUCAGAAGAGGCCACGCGAUAACUGCUUUGUGAAACAUUUUUCGGAGGUUGUCGCUCACCAGACAGACUCCUGUUUAUUUGUGCUUGUUCUCGCUUGUUUUGUUCAUUUCGAGGCUUUGCGGUUGCUUUAUUGUCUGAUUCUCUGUUGAACAGGUUGAGUCUACGCCGUCUUUUCUUGCUCUCUCAUUUACUCUUUCGUUGGAAUCCGGCGGUUGCACUUUUACAGUUCAGCGUGGUUGCGCAUAUACAUAGCUUUUAAUGCGAACGUAUCACAGUCAAAUUUUUACAUCUCUUUUGCGGUCUGUGUGUCGUAGUUUUGGGUAAGUGUUAUGUGUUUAUUUUCUAGCCUUUAACCACUGUCACGUUCACCUAAAUGUGACGGUUUGAAAAAAUAUGUGAAUGCUGAAUAACCGAAGAAAGAAUCAGCCACACUUGACCUUGGGGUCAUUGGAUGGUAGGUGUGGUCCAAGUAUUGCAAACUCUUUGGCCUUGAACUCGAUGAUGAAUAUUUCCCAGAUCACAGGUGUUCAUGUGGUUGAAAAUAUGUCCCUGUUUACGAAACCUUUAUUGAAUUAGAAUCAAAGGAACAUAAUAUGUGCCAUAGUUUCAUGUCAAGAUAUUCCUGAAAAAAUAGAAAGUGCAUUUUGUUUCUUUUGAAGUUUGCGUGUUUGUUUUUGUUUGUGUGUGUGUGAGUGAAUGCGUCUGAAUGGGUGUUAUGGAUGUAUGUGCAAGCAAGCAUGGAGUAUUGAAAGAUAAACAGUGACGUGUAAGAAAAAUAGAAGUCUUACUUGAAUCAGAGGAUUAUAAAAAUAUGAAAAUACCUAUUGAAGUGCAACAGUGUAUAUAUAUUCAUAUAAUUUCUUUAAAAAAACAUUUCACUGGGAUGGAAAAAAUCAAUCAUUGAAGGUUCCAUAUUAAUUUCGCACAUUACUGAAUACAGAUUAUGUUUAUCCACAACAAAAAUUGCUUUUUUUUAAUCAAAGAUCUAUGUAUAGACCCGAUGGCUUAUUAAGAGCUGAAUGUGCUUCGUACAUUGCACAGUUUGCAAAAAAGUACAGUAGUAGAGCAACACGCAUAAAUUGGCUACGAUUUUGCUAUCCCAUAAGGCCAUAGUAGUUGAGGAGCUGUCAAAUUCAAAAAGUUAGUAAUAAAGAUGAAUGAAUAAACAAAUGGUGAAGAGCUCUGAGCCAGGUGGCUCUUCAAAUGUAAUUUUUGCUUGUGGUUUAAUUGUACUAAAGAAGCCAAGUAAAUUGCGGUUGUGAGUCAAGGAUCACAGGACAAAACCAACCAGUUGUAGUGUGUUGAGGAAUGUACUUAAACUUCACACCCACAUACCAAAAGAGUGUACUUCAACAAGUGCAUAAUAUAUUUAGAUGCAGCCACAAACGUGUUAGCUACAAUAUGGACUCCAUCUGCAUUUUGGAAAUCAAAUCCGAGGAAUUUUUGGAUAGAUUGAGUGAUAUAUCUGUACUAUAUUAAGUGAUGCAGUAAUGCAGUAAUGAUGGAUAUGGUUUAAGGGAGAAGAUACUGUACAUGCCCAUUUUACCGAUCAAAGUUUGAGUAUGAAUACCAUAGUUUCAGCUUCUUCUGCAACAUAGCAUUGUUUUAUUUUUGAUUUGUUUUUAUUUUUGUAUUAUUUUUGACCAAAUAACUCAGCAAUGUCUGCAUUAUUUCAGUACUGUAUUUCAUAAACAAUCAGGCUGUCCACACUCAGCGCAAUAGAACAUUGUGGAAUGUUGCCCAUUUUUUUGGAAUUCUUGUGGAAUUCUUGUAAUCCAGUGUAAUUUUUCUUCUGUAAAUAAAAGUGUCCCGAUAUUAAAGUUUAAA